GUGUGGUAGAGCCGGCUUCUCUUUCCUACAUCAACAAGAACGCUACCUUGUAACAUGCCCAUCUCGGCCGACACGGAGCGCGAGCUGCUCAACAAGUACAAGCUCACAUCACUAUACCCGACCGAAUGGCCGCAUCAGGACGACGACAACGACCAUGACGACUACGACGACGACGACCAUGACCAUGACGAUGGCCGCCCGGCGACGGAACAGCUCCCGCGAAAGACGUCCAUAUCCACGAACCACGCCCGCAAAAUGUCCAAGAGCACGCCCAAUUCGCGCUUCGAGAGAAUCGGCCGACAUGCCAGUCUCAGUGGUCCCAUCGCCACCAAGACCGCGAACGGCGAUGUGGGCGUGCAAAAGGACGAGCCUGACGCGCUGGGCAUGGCGCCCUCAGUUGCAGCAGAGCUGCGCAAGAGAGGCCUGCCCGUGGAAGACAACCUCGCCUUGCGCAACAAGUUCAUGACCUCCAGCACCACUUUCAAUCCCGCCCUGUAUUUGUCGCAGGUACACCAGCAGGCGAGUACCGAGGAUCUGCUCCGAGGCCUUGACUUUCUCAGCAGGAGCAUCGAGCAAAAGUCGGCGAGUCUGAAGGUCCUGGUGGAGAGCAACUUUGAGCGCUUCGUGCGCGCCAAAGCAACCAUCGAUACUGUCUAUACCGAGAUGAGGACGCAGGGUGUCGAGCCCACGCGACUGUCGCAGAUGCCACAGGCUGGCUCCAACUUGAGACCACACUCGCGUCAGACGAGCAAGGGCCAGAGUCACUUUAGAAACACCAGUGGUCCGUUUGGCAGCCAGGCCAAGAUCCCGCCCAUUGACAAGAAAAAGACGGCUUUGACCAAAGAGUCAGAGUAUGGAGUGCAAGGUAUCAAGGGUCCGCUUCAGGAACUCGCCAUCAAAGCCGAGGAGGUCUGGGGCCCUGCCUUGGGUGGGCACGAAAAGGAGGAGACGCUGAAGUCCGUCAUACGCUCACUGGACCAGCAUCGCGACAUCUUCCGCCUUCCUGGAACCGUUCACGAAGCUGUUAUGAAGAAUGACUACGACGCGGUGGUGGCUGCUUACAAAGAGGCAAAACAACACGCUGACAAGGCUCGAGAAAUCGCUGCAAUCGCAGAAGAUAAUCAAGUGGAGUUAGGAGAUGCCGAUGCGCAGCAAAUUAUUGUGACUGCGAGGAUGUGGCAUGCCGUAAGUGAGCAAGUAGACCGCUUCAAACAGACCAUUUGGCGGCGACUCAAAAACUCGCAUGGCCGGAAGCCAGCUAGCGUGGCUGAUGAGAAUGAUCGAGAGCUGCACAUGGACCUCAUUGCCGUGCUCCUCCAACUUGGUGCCGAGGAAAACCCAAUCUGGGUGUGGCUCGACAGUCGCCAUCUCUACCUGAAGGAUAGGAUAGCUCGAUCAUUCGAACGAAGCCGGAUAGAGAUCGAGAUACAGCGCCGCAAACUGGCCGCGAAUAUGGAAGUAGACAACCUUGCCUUGGCCAAACACCUUCGUGCAGCCUCUGCCAGCAGCGGAUCCUUGCGCCUGACGAGUUAUGCUACGCGCGACCUUGAUAUGGAGAACGUCCUUCUCUUUUGGGAAAAGGUGCAAAGCUCCCUAGCAAAUCUACUGUCACCGCAAACCGGCAUUGUAGGGGAUCUGCUUGACUGGCACGAAAGUGCGCAGUCGUUCAUUGACAACAAGGCUCAAAAAUCAUUUCCCACCGCAGUCUUUGCGAUGCAAGACUACACGAAUCUGCAGUUAUCACAGGAGCAUAUUGAUUCUAUCCGUCAGCAUGCUCUUGAAAUGGUUGGCCUGCUGCGAGACAGCGUAAACGCAUUCUUCCAGGAUGCUCCAGUGGACGACAUUAGUGAUCUAUACAGUCCAAUACCGCCCACGCCAAUCACUCCUGACACAAAAACCCCGAUAUCUGGCGUGAGGCCAAACUUUUCGUUCGAUCCGCUGAACCUCCCUCCGCCUGCUCCUAAGUCCGGCAAUGCGUGGGAGACGUAUGCCUUCUGGCCCCCCGGCGCUAAUUCGCUCUCCAGCUCCCUCUACUUGGCCAGGCUUGUGGCCAUUACUGGUACCGCUUUUGGUGAAAUGGCAGCUCUGAGCACAAUCAAAAUGUCUAAUGAACCGGAGAAGCUGAAGAACACUCUAGUGUCAGCACGGGAGCGUUGCAUCACGUGCAUUUGUGCGAGUUGGAGCAGUGAUGCCGAAAGGUGUAAAGUGCUCGAGAGCUGGACAAGGAGCGCUGAUCGCAGAGACCUCACCCUGUUACCCAACUAUUUCGAGGCUUGGUUCGACAAGGUUCUCGGCAAUGUGCAGAAGAUUGCUUACGUCUCUGACGCGUCCACUAAGAGUGGCGACGUGAUCGUGCCUCCUUCUGCAAAAUUGCUGCAAGCUGUGCGCAGCACGUUUGUAACAAGUCUGUACAAAGGAAUGAGUGGCAUGGUCGAUAAUGCCGAAAAGUUUGAGCUCGACAGCGCUGGACUCGACGAAGAUGCUGACCCAGACGGCAUCACGAUUGCUCGUUAUCGUCAGAUCGACGUUGACGGAGCAGCCGCUCUCGGAUCAGAAGCCCUGAAUGCCUCCAACCGCAACGAGCGAAUGCUCAUCACGUUGUCCAACCUCAAUCAUCUCCGGAGCGAGGUCAUACCACAGCUCAUAUCGCAAUUCGAGUCGUCAUUCAGCGUCAAACUCACCGAAGAAAGCAAGACCAUCAGAGACGUGUUGGCACAAAUAGAUGCUCGCUUAUUCCAAUCCUAUGUCAAGCCACUGGUCGACAAUCUCAAUGUCACCAUAACAGAAGGAAUUACGGCCAAAGACUGGGAACCUGCGACGCCUCGUCCAACGGAAGCCCGUGCUUACGUCUACGAUGUGCUCAUUGUACUCGUUCUCGUCCACGCCGAAGUCACGUCGGCCACGACGAGUACUCUUACAAACCAGAUCUUGAGUUACAUGCUCGAACAAUGCUCCCUAGCCCUGAUCAGUGCUUUCAAGCUGCGAUCGCAUUACACCCUACCAGCCUUGAUGCAGGCUACGCUUGACGUAGAGUUCAUGGCGCAGACGUUGAACCAUUAUACUACGGACAAAGCGAGCGAAGUCCAAAGCCAAAUCUAUCUCGCGCUGGAUGAACGUACGGAUAAUGAUGCAAGGGCCAAACUCCAGGGUGAGUUACCAGAGAUGCGAAGUAUCUUGAAGAAGUUGAGAGAAGGUACCAAGGGCGAAUUUGGCUGCUUCAGACGUGAACGCCGAGGGAGGAGGGAAGGGAGCGUGAAGGUUUAAAGAAGGCUGUUGGGACCUUGUAUGUAUUGUUGAAUGCGAACCUUGAACAAGCCGCAUUACCUCUUAUGAAUGCCGUUCUGAACAUGAAGUAACACUGUACCUGUUAUGUCGCUGCGAUGUGCUUAGGUUGAGAUAGUAUCUUACACAAACAACCACAUCGAUAUACC